GUAUAAUCUGCAUGGAAUCCCACAAGUUCGUGUUAGAUUCCGAGGGUUUGGUUCAGAUCCAACAUCAUGGCUACUUUCGAAGAGAAGGGUGUUCUUGAACCUGGGACGCAGAGCGAUGUCAGCGAUGCAUUUGAUCUUGAAAAAGACGCUUCAGCACUGCGGGCAAGAAGAAAGGUCGACACUACUGUGCUUCCGCUUCUGUUCCUAGGCCUUCUCGUCUUCCAGCUGGAUCGCAUGAACCUCGCCAGUGCGCUGACAGAUGGCUUCGCGAAGGAUAUUGGCGUAAAUCAGAAUACCAUAAAUUUGGGCAAUCAGUUGAUGUUCCUCGGUAUUGUGGUUUUGGAGAUCCCGUCAAACAUCAUCCUGCAGCGAAUCGGACCGCGGAAAUGGAUAUCCGCUCAGGUCUUCAUCUUUGGACUUGUCGCAACUUUGCAGGUUUUUGUCAAGAACAAGACCGGCUUCUUAGUCUCGAGGACUUUCUUGGGACUGUGUGAAGCUGGAUACAUUCCAGGUGGCAUCUACACGCUUUCAACUUGGUACACGAAAAGAGAGCUUGCGAAACGCGUUUCUGUGUUCUUUUUCGGCAUGUUCGGAGGAAACGCGAUAAGUCCAUUACUUGCAAGUGGUAUCUUGAAGCUCCGCGGCCACGGUGGGAUGAAGGGGUGGCAGUGGUUGUUCCUCCUGGAAGGCAUCUUUACCAUAUGUGUCUCAGUUACACUGUUGUUCCUCCUACCAGGCUCCCCCGACCACCCUCGCCCACUGCUAUCCCCUGGGCUGAUCCGCUUCAAAGAUCCAGACCGCGAGGCACUGCAGUUGAGACUCCAAGCAGAUGACGACUCGCGUACACCCGGAACCCAAGGCUUGCAUAUCCCGCUCGCACUCGUCUGGAAAACAGUCAAGCACUACCGCCGUUGGCCGCACUUCAUCUCCACAUUCGCUGUAUUCUCGACAUGGUCGUCCCUAACGACUUACACGCCGUCCAUAAUCAUGGCUCUUGGAUUCAAGAGAAUCGAAGCCAACGCACUAGCCUGCGUAGGUGGCUUUCUCGCCCUCGGCGUAGUUUUCUUCUUCGGCUGGCUAUCGGACAAGACCAACAAGCGAGGCCUCUCUGUCAUCAUCGCCCAGUCCCUAUACCUAAUCAUCCUCAUUAUCACGCGCGCCGUACACCCACAUGUGGGCAAGUGGUCGCGCUGGGGUCUUUGGACCACAGUCAACGCAUUCGCAAUUGGCUACCACCCCGUCCACAACUCCUGGGUUCAGCUCAAUUGCAAAGACCCCCGGGAGCGGAGCAUCAGCAUUGCCAUGUGGGUCAUGAGUGCUAUAAGUGGGUUGAUGGCCGGCACGCAGUACUACAGAGCUGAUGACCUGCCUUUUUACCGCAAAGGGUUGAGGACUCAAACUAUAAUGGUAGCUGUGGGUAUGGUGUUUGCCGGUAUUCAAGUGGGCGUGUAUAUUCUGUAUAACAAAAAAGCCGUGCGAAGAUGGAGCCGUGAUGGUGGUGAGAAGCCGUGGUUGUACACACCAUAA